AUAUUGGUCUUAUCAGCGGUCUUCGAGGGGAACAAUUGAGGCCAAAUAAAGUAUACCUAUAUUGAGUAUCGACUAUCAAUAUAAAGGAGCCUCAAUUGCCUUCCCCUCCGGGAACGCGGCCUCAAAUGUAUUUAACAUAGGCGUGGCCUAUCCAUAUCUUUAUUAUCUAUGUGUAGGAGGCAUAGAAGAGAGAUUAAAGCCGUGGUCUGUGGGUGAUACAAACUAUUUUAAAUCUUAUCAGCUAUCUUAAUUCAUAAACACAGCAUAAUCAUUCGGGAAGUUUAUACAAUAGUGAAUAAAUAUCAAAAUUCAAUUUCAAUUUAUCGUUCCUUGCACGACAAUAUUUUAUCAUGAAUCCUGUGCGUGAUUUGUGAUCUUGUGGAUUACUGAUACAUAUAUUUAUAAUACAAAUUUGAAAUGCAACAUUUAGAUUUGAAGGAUUAUAAGUUGACUACUGUCGAUGAUGCAGCCUAUUAUAUACCAAAUUUUAUAACUGAAGAACAAGAAUCAUACAUACUGGACAAGGUAAAUGGUGCACCAAAGCCGAAAUGGUGUCAAUUGAAAAAUAGAAGACUUCAAAAUUGGGGAGGUAUACCUCAUGCCAAAGGACUCAUACCCGAAAAAAUUCCUGAUUGGUUAAAAGGAUUUAUCGACCAAGUAGAAAGUCUACAAGUAUUUCCUAGGACUAACAGACCAAACCACGUGUUAAUUAAUGAAUAUUUACCCGGACAAGGAAUCAUGCCACAUUUAGAUGGAAGUUUAUUUUUCCCUACUAUAAGUACUAUUAGCUGUGGAUCUCAUACCGUACUGAAUUUUUAUGAGCCACUUAAGAAUGACAAAGAAGUUGUAUCAAGUGAGAAAGUAUACAGUAUAUUGUUGCAAAGACGAAGUCUACUAAUUUUAAAGGAUAAAAUGUAUACUGAAUACAUGCAUGGCAUUGAGGAGAAUACCAAUGAUAUCAUUGAAGAUAAAAUAUCCAAUAUAACAUUUUGCGGAUCAAAUGUACAAAAUGGAAUUCCACUGACAAGAAAUAAACGUAUAUCAUUAACUAUUAGAAAUGUUCCUAGGGUAUCCAAAUUCAAUUUGGACUCUUUGGUGAUAAAAAAAUAAACUCAUUCAUUUUAAAACACAAAUAUGUACAAUAAAUUGUUUGAAUAUAUUUUUAAAUCCACUUAAAAUAAUAAAUCGAAUUUAUAAUAUUUACAAUAAUAAUUUUUAUCUUGUAUAUAUAUAUUUUUUAUAAUUAAAAAGUUGUUGGUAAAUAAAUAUGUUUUUCUAAUGUGCAUACCCCUACUAUUGGUAUUAAAUAAAAAAUAAAAUCAAUAGAUUUACAAACAAUAUCAAAGCAGGUUGACAUCAAUACCAGAAUAGAUUCAUGGUUAUAUACAGCACACAGACACAAUAAAAUUUACACUUGUAAAUUAAUAAAAAUAUUAUGAUAUUGCAAAUAUGGCAAAACCACGUCACUCAAAACAAUCAUUUUUUUUUCUUAACUUACAUAACUAAUAAUAUAAGAUUUAAAAAUUGUAAUCUAA